CAACUUUUUUAUUCUUUCUUUUAUUUUUCACUCCAUGUACUGAUUUCCUUUUACGAUUUCAGAUUGCUCCAAUCCCCAUUCGAUCAGCCACCUCUCUCUCUUUCUCUCUCUCUCUCUCUCGCGCUUUCUCUUUCUCUCUCUUUUUUCUCUUUCUCUCCCCCUACUCAGCGCAAGGGGAGGGGAGGAAGGAGGAACAAGAGGGGAGAAUUCAUCAAUCCCGCUCCUUUUGUUGCUAGCCGAGAUCGCCGAGGCAGGGCCGCCCCACCAUGCAGCAGAAGUCAGGAGAAGGCCUACAAUUCCAGGCGGAGAUGUCGGGUAGUCGACCUCAGGGGCUGGUCGAGUCCACACAGCCGCCGCCGCUGCCGGCGGCUCAACAGCUGGCGGAGACCCCCUCGCCGAUCAGCUCCCGGCCUCCUCCUCCGCCGGCGCCAACUCCGGGCGCGGUCAAUUUCGACGAGCUGGGUUCAGCCGUAGCAGGAGCUGUGGGGUUCCUGGACGACGAGGAGGCAGAGCGCGGCGGGCCCUCCGGAAGCCGGUGGCCUAAGCAGGAGACGCUGGCGCUGCUCAAGAUCAGGUCGGAGAUGGACGCUGCCUUCCGGGACGCCACCUUCAAGGGUCCUCUCUGGGAGGAAAUCUCCAGGAAGCUAGCAGAGUUGGGAUACAAGAGGAGCUCGAAGAAGUGCAAGGAGAAAUUUGAGAACGUGCACAAGUACUACAAGCGCACUAAAGAAGGCCGUGCCGGCCGCCAGGACGGGAAGACCUACCGCUUCUUCACCCAGCUCGAGGCUCUCCAUGGCAGAAGUGGGGGAGGCGACGCCACCACGUCCACUGCCAUCGCCGCCCAGCCGAUAACUGCCGAACCGCCCGCCACAUUUAGCUUUACUACGCCUCCCAUGUCGGCGCCGCCAGCUGCUACGAGAAUUCAACCGUUUCCCAUCUCAGCCGCCGCCCCUCCGCUUGUCCUCACGCCGACGAGGCUCGUCCCCGAGAUUAGCCAGCAGCGACUCUCGAGCUCGACGGCCGUGGCCGGAAUUAGCUUCUCGUCCAACUCUUCCUUUUCUUCUUCGUCGGACUCCGACUCGGAUGAGGAGAUGGCGGAGGCCGGCGGCAACGCAGAGGAACGGAAGAGGAAGCGGGGAAGUACUGGCCGACCGGCUCGGCGGCAAAUGAUGGCUUUCUUCGAGGGAUUGAUGAGACAGGUAAUGGAGCGGCAGGAGGCCAUGCAACAGCGCUUCCUGGAGGCGAUCGAGAAAAGAGAACAGGAAAGAAUGAAGCGAGAAGAGGCAUGGCUCCUGCAGGAGAUUGCGCGGCUCAGCCGCGAGCAGGAGCUGCUCGUUCAGGAGCGCGCCAUGGCGGCAUCUCGCGACGCGGCGGUUAUAUCCUACCUUCAGAAGAUCACCGGCCAGUCCAUUACGCUUCCCACCAUACCGUCGGCGACUACCCUUCCGCUGGCCACCUCCGUGGUAGCUCUAACUUCUCUCCCUUCACAUAAUCCUCCUCCUGCGCCACCUCCGCCAUCGAAUCCGCCGCAGCCACCGCCAUCUUUGCAGAAACAUGAAGCCGCGCAACGUUCUACUGAAAUCACCAUUCAGACCUCCCCGGCAUCGCAUCUUGCCCCCAUUAACUCUGAGCAGCAAGAAGGCCGCGGGCCAGGAAGUGGUGGCUUUGACGCGCCGGCUUCGUCGUCGAGGUGGCCCAAGACGGAGGUCCAUGCGCUGAUCAAGCUCCGGAGUGAACUUGAAUCGAGGUACCAAGAAGCCGGACCAAAAGGCCCUCUUUGGGACGAGAUCUCCUCCUCAAUGCAGCGCCUCGGCUACAACCGCAACUCCAAGAGAUGCAAGGAGAAGUGGGAGAACAUCAACAAGUACUUCAAGAAGGUGAAGGAUAGCAACAAGAAGCGGCAGGAGGACUCUAAGACCUGCCCUUAUUUCGACCAAUUGGACGCUCUUUACCGCCGGAAGCAAUUCGGCAGUGCCGCCGGCGGCAGCAGAAGCUUGGCAGCUCAACAGCAGCAGGAGCAUUUAGAUACCAAUCCCACAAAAGAAUACUUACCCCUACAAUUACAUCCUCCGGCGCCUCAGGAUCACGGAAAGAAUGAAAAAACAAACGACGGAAAUUCAGACACCGGAGGAGCAGUACAAGUUCCAACUAGUAAUGGUGGCCACACACCCAGUUUCAUCGAGGAAGGAAUGAAGAAGCCAGAAGACAUUGUGAAAGAGCUAAUUAUGGAACAAAGGCAGCAACAAGGGAUGGUGGAUGUGGACUACGAUAAGAUGGACGACGAGACUGACAGCGAAAAUCUUGACCAAGCUGACGACGACGACGACGACGACGACGACGACGAUGACGACGACGAGGACAGUAAGAAACAGUACAAGAUACAGUUUCAGCGUCCUAACGGCGGAAACGGGACUGCGGCAACCACCACCACGACGGCGGCAGCCGCAGCAAGUUCCUUCUUGGCUAUGGUUCAGUAAAUUUGGUACCUUCAACCAGUUCCCCCCAUGUUACCCGCACUGUAGCAUAAACUAUACGUUUUGUUACCCCCAAACCCCAUUCCGUUCUUGCCUUGAUCGAAAGCCCUAUCCUUUGCUAUUCAUUCAUUUGUUAUGUGCAUGGAAUAAGAAUCCCCAUUGAGCCAACGAAAGACGGCGGCGAACGUGGGUCAAACUGAUGCAUGCAAUAAGCUCUCACAACUUCUCUUGAUUAUCCCUUACAAACGGCAGUAGAAACAGAGAGACGACGCAAAGUGAACAGGUGAAUACAGCGCGAGCACUCAAUCUGUUUUCUCCGUAAGUACUCUGCUCUAUAGAAUGACGUUUGGUCUGGUUGUUUCAUUCUGUUUCAAUCAAAUUGUCACAUCCAAUUGGGUUCAGUGUAUAUCGUGGAUAUCAAUCAGUCUGCAUGUGUUCUCUGUUAAGAUGUACAAACAAUCCUCGCUCACAUUUCUUAUUAUAUUUAUUUGAGAUCCAGUGUUCUUUGCA